AAAAGUUAUCAAACUUUAUGCAAUCCAGUGAGCUUAUUUCAGUUAGUCAGUAAUCAUGGCUGUUUUUCGUAAAUCAACACGCUUUUCGUGUUAUUUUUUAAACAAAACUCCACUAACACAUGACUUAAAGUUAACAAAGUCAUUCAGGACAGUUGUCCAGGAGCCAAAACCUACUCGUGGGCUUUUAAAGACAAGCAUAAUCGGUGCAUUGGUUGGUACAGCAAUAGGAGCAGGUUAUGCAUUCUGGAAAAUUGAACGUGACAGAAAAAAUUUGUCACUUGAGGGCACCGAAUUACCGGUUCAACUCCUCAAGUACAAGCCUCCGAUCACACCGUCUAGAAGAAUUCUGUCGCCGGUAGACUCGACCGGUUUGAAGCUCACCCUGUUCCAGUAUCAAUCAUGCCCGUUUUGCUGCAAAGUUCGGACGUUUUUAGACUACUACGGAAUCUCUUACGACGUCGUAGAAGUGGACCCCGUGCUAAGACGCGAAAUCAGCUGGUCGAGUUACAGAAAGGUUCCGAUAUUGGUCGCCAAGGUCGACGGCGGCUACCGUCCGCUGAAUGACAGCUCCAUGAUCGUGUCAGUGCUGGCUUCGUAUUUAACUGACAUGUCCAACAAUUUGAAUGAUCUUGCUGAGUAUUAUCCUGUCAUUGCCAUGAACGACGAGAGUGGAAAAUUCAAACAGGAAAUUAUUAACAAGUACUUCUUGAUGCACCAAGGAGAAAUUCCUAAAGAUCGGACUCUUGAUGAUAUCAUGGAAGAACGCAAAUGGAGAAAAUGGGCUGAUGAGGUUUUAGUUCACACCUUGUCACCAAAUGUUUAUAGAACACUUGGUGAAUCUUAUGAAACUUUCCAAUGGUUUUCAGAUGUAGGGAAAUGGGAAGAAUACUUCCCAACGUGGGAAAGGAAGAUAAUGAUAAACGUAGGAGCAUGGGCGAUGUGGAUGAUAGGAAAGAGAUUGCAAAAAAGGCACCACCUGAAGACAAACGUCCGAGAGUCGUUCUUCGACGAAUUGAACCAUUGGCUGAAGGCAGUAGACGCGCGAGGAUCGACGUUUAUGGGUGGCAAUAAUCCAGACCUAUCUGACCUGGCGGUCUACGGCAUACUGCGCAGUAUUGAAGGGUGCCAGGCAUUCAAAGACGCUCUGGAGCACACAAAAUUAUCCAGCUGGUACCAGGCGAUGACCGAGCGUGUUAACAACCACGCUGGUGCUUCGCUUUUAACUGGCUAAGUUAUUGAAGUUAGUUAGGCCAAUUGACGGUAUUUUAAAACAAAACCUCUGUUAGCCAAGUCGUGGUCUA